AUGAUAACUGAAAACAAAAUUUAAAUAUCUUAAAGUCGACGAUUAAGUGACAGGAGAUGUUUUGAUUCAAUAAUAGUUUUGCUCGAGGAAUGGAUUAACUUUCUGGAUAUGGUUUUGAGAUACAAUAAGAAGAUGAUGUACAAUAAUUUAUUAUAAAAUUUUUAGUUAAGGGAUAUAAUAAUGA